CCCUGCUGCCACGGCGGGGAAACUGAGGCAGCCAGUCAGCCAACCCUGAGCGAGCCCCUGGGGCGUGCCGGGAUACCCGCUGCCUGGGGGCGGGGACCCUGCCCUGCCCUCAGCCUGAGGAGCUUCUGUGGCUCCCCGUGGUAGAGCCAGGAAGAUCUGGGUUCGAGUUCCGCCAGGAAGAGGUUGUGACUCACGAUGGCUUGGCCGGGAAGCCCUUCCUGUCUCUCUCCUCUCCUCUCCCCGGGUGCCCCCUCCCCUCCCCUCCCCCAGGACGAGUCCAUUCCUGCCCCGCUUGGUUCACUCCCUCUGGCUGGGCUGGGAAUGCCGGUCCCACCCUCAGGCUUCCUCUUCUGGCCUUGGCAUUCCGGCCUGAAACUGGCCAUCGCCCAGCCGUCCAGGCGGUGCCCGCCUCCCUGACGUGCCCUGCCCGCCCCCUCAGGUCUGCCCUUCGCCCGUGCCCGCUCCCGUGCCCGGCCUCAGGAUGGGCGAGUAUAACGAGAAGAAGGAGACGUGCGGCACCAUCUGCCUCAAGUACCUGCUCUUCACCUUCAACUGCUGCUUCUGGCUGGCCGGCCUGUCCGUCAUGGCGGUGGGCAUCUGGACGCUGGCCCUCAAGAGCGACUACAUCAGCCUGCUGGCGUCCAACACGUACCUGGCCACGGCCUACAUCCUGGUGGUGGCCGGCGCCGUGGUCAUGGUGACGGGCGUCCUGGGCUGCUGCGCCACCUUCAAGGAGAGGAGGAACCUGCUGCGCCUGUACUUCAUCCUGCUCUUCGUCAUCUUCGUGCUGGAGGUGGUCGCCGGCAUCCUGGCCUACAUCUACUACCAGCAGGUGUGA